UCAAAGGAAACCUCAGCCUUUAAACAGACUUCUUCUUUUGAGUUAAGUAUUUUAUAUUGGGAAAUUUACAGUCCCACCAGAAUAGUAAGACUGAUGUUUCAUCUCAAGUACUCCUGAAUAUAUUCUUUAUUCAUAGAAAUAUACCCUGGAAACAAAAUAUAAGAGAUAGAUAUCUGUUCCUCCCAAAUCCUAGAUAACAAGAUAGUUAACACACAAUGGAGGAAGAAGAACUUCAAAAUAAAUAAAGGAGCCAGCAUUUCCAGCUAAUCCUGUGGGUCAUUGCUCUUGUUUUCAUCUCAGUUCUCAGUGCCUGCUUUAUUGCAAAUUGUUUGGUGACUCGUGACAACUUUCUACACUGCGAGCAAAGCAUGAGGAUGUUCACAUUACCAGGGCACCACGCAAAGCUGACGUGCAUCGAAGAAAAAUCAGAACUGAAAGGGGCCACCUGGAACUGUUGUCCUAUUGGCUGGAGAGUCUUCCAGUCCAACUGCUAUUUUCCUUUUAAUGACAACAAGACGUGGGCAGAGAGUGAAAGGAACUGUGCAGGGCUGGGGGCUCACCUGGCCACCAUCAAUACAGAAGCUGAGCAGAACUUCAUUAUCCAGUAUUUGGAUAGACAAUUUUCAUAUUUCCUGGGACUUUCAUGUCAGAACCCAGAAGGCCAGUGGCAAUGGGUGGACAGGACGCCAUUUAACCCACAUAUGGUAUUAUAGCAUAUGGGUGGACUCAACAACCAACAGAAAGAAAAAUGUGUUGUUCUUGUUAAUGACCAAGACAAAUGGGCCUGGAAUAAUAUUUCUUGUAAAGUUGGGGCAAGCAGGAUUUGUAAGAAACCCAGAAGAGUACUCACCUGAAAGUUAUGAAGGAGUUCUCAUGAUGAGGACAGAAAAAAAGAACCCAUUAGACCAGGGCAGAAUGUACAUGCCUCAUUAGAAUAAAGAAAACAUGCUAGAUCAUA